AUGAGCUUUCCUCUCCUGAAGGGUCUAGCCUUGGAGAUUGAUGAUGAGAUAGCUGCGGAUGAAAUGGACAAGGAAAUGUUGCAAGAAAUAGUUAAUAACACUAAGCUGAGUGAGGGUUACCUCACUCUUGCUCGUGAUAUUGAAGUUAUGGAGGCAAAAUCUCCGGAGGAUAUAUACAAGGUCCAUUUGAUUGAUGGCCGUGGUGCCAGCUCCAGUCUUGAUUCUGCAAGACAGAAUUUGGCUGCAACAUUUGUUAAUGCAUUUGUUAAUGCUGGAUUUGGCCAGGACAAGCUGAUGACUGCUCCAUCUGAUUCUUCCAGUAGCGGGUCGUCUGGAAACUGGUUAUUUAAAAAUAAGGAACAUGGAAAAGCCAGUGCAGCGGCUAGCCUGCAGGUCUGUGGGAACGUUGCGCAGAAGGUGAAGUUGCACCCCGCACCGACGCACUCCCCAGUCCAGGUGCAGUCGGUCGCACCAUUGUCACACGGGAUCUGGGUGAACCUUAUGCGGCUCUGGAAAUGGCAAGCCGCGCGAUUGCACGACGUCCCAAACGGCGAGAUGAUUUCAGAUCACAAGGAGAAGGGCGAGAGGAAGGAGCAGCGUUAUGGGAAUCCUCAUGUUUUGCUGGAUCAUGUGCUGAUCGAUAGUAGAGGAAUUAGUCUUGUGGAUGGUUGGCUUGUUGGCUGA